UUCAUGAAACAUCUCUGCCCCAUGCUUCAUUUUAUAACUAUUUUUCUCAAACAAAUCAGCUAUUAGCUUCCCAUCUCUAUCUCCUUCCUCUUGGGUCAAUGAUCCCACACGCUCCUUCAAAAUUCUUCAUUGUUCAUUCCUUCAAUCUUUCUUUCCGUUUCUUGGAUUAUAUCAGAAAAGUUACCAUGGAGCCACCAAACCCAGCAUCGGAUCACAUUCUGGAUUGGUUUGAAGGUUCUGUUUCUUACUAUCCAUCUUGGAUGGAUGAUCCAUAUAACCCAGGUUGCAUUGUUGAAGAUUAUAACUUGUGGGGUCAUGGACAAGACAUGGGCCAACAAUUCCAUGUUGAUGCUGGCACUGGAUCUCCCGAUGCCGCCACCGGCACCGCCAUGUCUGCCGCUAUUAGUGGCGGCAAAACACCCACUGAGCCUUACAGUUCUAAUAAGCCACCAUCUUCUGAUCUGUCAAAGAAGAGAAAUGAUUCUGAUGAUUUAUGUCUCAAACCAUCUCAGAAUCACAAGUCCAAGAAAAUCAAGUGCCGUCCAGCCAAUGAAGCUGACAAUGGAGAUGCAGUUGUAGAAGGGACAACGGUUAAGAAAUCUGCAGGGAACAAGAAGGGUUCUGCUAAGGCCAACGGGAAUAACUGUAAUAACGGUAACAACAAAGAAGGAAGGUGGGCAGAGCAGUUGCUGAAUCCUUGUGCUCUAGCCUUGGCUACAGGGAAUCUGACUCGUGUGCAGCACCUCUUGUAUGUUCUCCAUGAGCUCGCCUCGCCGACCGGUGAUGCCAACCACCGGCUAGCUGCUCAUGGUCUCCGAGCACUAACACAACAUUUAUCUUCUUCUACUUCCUUUUCUUCCACCACAGCAUCUUCCGGGCCUGUUACUUUUGCUUCUGCAGACCCACGGUUCUUUCAAAGAUCUCUGCUCAAGUUCUAUGAGGUUAGCCCCUGGUUUGCCUUUCCUAAUAACAUAGCUAAUUCUUCCAUUCUGCAGAUUCUUGCUGAAGAAUCCAAUAGUUUACAAACACUUCACAUCAUUGACAUUGGGGUCUCUCAUGGUUUUCAAUGGCCAACAUUUUUAGAGGCCUUGACUCGCCGGCCUGGUGGACCUCCUCCACUGGUUCGCCUUACUGUGGUGACUGCGUCAGCAGAAAAUGACCAGAACAUGGAGACCCCAUUUGCAAUAGGCCCACCUGGCGACAACUUCUCUUCUAGACUCCUUGGUUUUGCCAAGUCUAUGAACAUCAACUUGCAGAUAAACAGGCUAGACAAUCAUCCAUUACAGAAUCUAAACGCCCAAAUUCUUGAUGUCUCGCCAGAUGAAACCUUUGUUGUAUGUGCACAAUUUAGGCUGCACCACCUGAAUCACAGCACUCCUGAUGAACGUAGUGAAUUUCUCAAGGUUCUGUGGAACAUGAAGCCCAAGGGGGUGGUACUAAGCGAGAACAACAUGGACUGUUGCUGCAAUAGUUGUGGGAAUUUCGCCACCGGAUUUGAGCGAAAAGUGGAGUUCUUAUGGAAGUUUUUGGAUUCCAUAAGCUCGGCAUUCAAGGGAAAAGAGAGUGAGGACAGGAGACUAAUGGAAGGAGAGGCCGCAAAAGCAUUGACAAACCAGCGUGAGAUGAAUGAAGGAAAAGAGAAAUGGUGUGAUAGAAUGAGAGAAGCAGGGUUUGUAGGGGAGAAUUUUGGCGAGGACGCGAUUGAUGGAGCUCGAGCUCUGUUGAGGAAGUAUGAUAAUAACUGGGAGAUGAAAGUAGAAGAGAACCAUACCAGUGUGGGACUAUGGUGGAAGGGGCAACCUGUUUCUUUCUGUACUUUGUGGAAGCUAAACAAGAACGACAAGGGUGGAUCGGCUUCAUCAUUGACACAGGUCGGCUUUAAGUGAGUGAAGGAUGGCUUCAGCAGAGAACACUACUGUACACUCAGAUGCACCACCACCAUGCUGAACUGAACUGGAAAUAGGAUAAGUUUGCAAAUUUCAGCGGCGAAUCGCGGCAUCAAAAUUCUUGUUCUCUACAUACUUCAAACCGUAGUUCUGGUGAAACUUUAGAUUGUAAUACUUAUUAUUUGUAAGAUAAAGAGAGAUUGCACAUUCUCAAUUCUCUCGCUCUUGAUCAUGCUGGGUGGUUUUUAAUGAGUGCAUUGCACCGCUUCAGAGUUGAA